AUGCAAUCUUCGCCAAGCUCCGGUUCUCCUUUUCUCAGUGGGAGACGUUUGUCGAAUAGUACUGAUGUGACGAGAAGUCCACGAUCUCCGGCCCGCGGCACGAUCCUCGACCAUCUCAACCUCGCGGGGCUGUACGGACUCAGCAGUUUGAGUACACCCGUGAUAGCAGAACCCAGUGAUAGUGACACAUGGGAUUCCGUGCUGGAAUAUGCGCUCAAACGGGACCUGAGGUCGCGGCCCAGAGUGACAGGAUUCAUAUCGGCCCAGCGUAUAACCGGUCGUUGGCUCAUCGAGCGUGACGAUAGCGACUUGACCAAGAUGAUACAGAAUGACUCUGAUCUCUUGGAGGAUGUCUGCAUGCUAUCACAUCGGCUCCAGCACAAAGCUCGGCAUUCAGUAAGCCCGGUGCAAUCCCGCUCCCCAAAGCUGUGGGAGAUAUUUCCGGGCACUCCUCGCAGCUCAGCAACAAGCAUAUCGGAGGGAUCGCCAGCCAGCUCUGCGCGUGAUGCCCGAUCACAUACCCGUACUCCAUCUAUCACGGGAAGUCAUCGCGAGAGCCCUCAUGGCGUAGACGCCGAAGGCGCAGGUGGAGAUGUCCAGGUGGAUGAGGACAGUCAGGGUUUAAGUCCGCACUCAAUCCCAGCGCAAGGGCUAGGUUUGGUGACGGAAGAAAACCCCGACGAAAUCUCAUUGGAGGGUGGUCAGGGUGCCUCCCAGCCUGAGCCAUCAGCUCUGGGGCACGAUGAACAGGUAGAAGACGGAUAUGAGAUAGUGACCAUGAUGCCCAUGGAUCACACGGCCGAUCCGAUCCUAUUGGUGUCUUCCAGUGCGGGCGAUGCCCUCUUAGCCCAGGCGUCGCGCUCAUGA